AUGAAACUAUCAACAAUUGUCAAAGCUAAAGAACACUAUAAUCUUUUGGUUCUUGGAGCCGGUGCCGGUGGUUUAGCUGUUUCAUCGCAUUUUUCAAGAACAUUACCAAAAGGAAAUGUUGGUGUUAUUGAACCUAGUUCUGUUCAUUAUUAUCAACCUGGAUUUACACUUGUUGGUGGUGGAAUUUUUCCUAAAAGUCAUUUUACAAGAAAGGAAGAAACAUUGAUGCCUUCAAAUGUAACAUGGAUAAAAGAUAAGGUUGGAAAAAUUUUACCUGAAAAACAAGUUGUUGAAACAUUUGAUGGAAAAGAAAUUUCAUAUAAUUUUUUGGUUAUCGCAACAGGUGUCCAAUUACGAUAUGAUUUAAUAGAAGGAUUAGAAGAUGGUUUAGCAAUGAAAGAUAAUAAAGUUAUUUCUACCUAUUCACCAGAAACAGUUGAAAAAGUUUAUAAUGCAUUUCAAAAUUUUGAAAAAGGUAAAGCUGUUUUUACUUUUCCAAAUGCUCCUAUAAAAUGUCCAGGUGCACCACAAAAAAUUUGUUACCUGUUUGAUGAUUAUUUAAGAAAGACUAACAAAAGAAAGAAUGCUGAAAUUAUUUAUAAUACAAUUUUACCAAGAAUUUUUGGUAUUGAAAGAUAUUCUAAUGUUUUAACAGAAUAUGCUAAAUCAAAAGAUAUUCAUGUUAAUUAUAGAACAAGUUUAUCAAAAGUUGAUCCUAUUACAAGGGUAGCUACUUUUGAUAUUUUAAAUGAGACAAUGCAACCUACUGGUGAGAUAAAAAAAAUUGAUUAUGACUUACUUCAUGUUGGACCACCAUGUUCUCCAGUUGAAGGUUUAAGAAAUACAGCUAAAAAUAAUGAUGGUUUAACUGAUAAAAUUGGUUUUGUUGAUGUUGAUAAAAAUACUCUUCAAAGUAAACAAUAUAAAAAUAUUUUUGGUAUUGGAGAUUGUACAAAUUUUCCAUCUCCAAAAACUGCUGCAGCUGUAAGUUCACAUUUUAAAACUAUUAAAUAUAAUCUUCAAAAAGUAAUGGAUGGUGGUAAUGUUGAACCAUUAUAUGAUGGUUAUACAUCAUGUCCAUUAGUUCUUUCAAGUAAUAAAUGUAUCUUAGCUGAAUUUAAUUAUGAUGGACCAAUAGAAACAACACCAUUUAAUCAAAGUAAACCUAGUAGACUUGCUUUUAUUGGAAAAGCAUAUGGUUUUCCUAUGUUAUAUUGGGAUUAUCUUUUAAAAGGCCGCUGGUCUGGACCAAGUACAAUAAGAAAAAUAUUACACCUUGGAAUGAGUAAAUAA